UGCCAGUCUCAAAAUUUCGUUGCCGCAAGAAGCAAGCUAGCUUACGCGAUUUUUUUCUACCGACUUCAAUCAAAUAUUAAACACAAAAUAAUAUGGUGCGCCUUGACGUACUGACGAGCACGAUUUUGGGGUUAAUGUUGUUCGUUUGCCAACCAGCACAAUCGUUGGAAACCGGAUGCAUGUAUCCCAGUCAAGUCAUUGUUGACGAAGGUAUUAUCCAUAACGAUUUAAAAUGUACGUACCUAUACAGCGGAUUGAUACACAUGCUGCUGACACAGCAUUUAACUUAUUUUUUGUAUCCAUCAGUUUUAAUCGGUAAAAUAAUUACUUACAGCCAUAUCGUCAAAUGCCAAAUAUAUUCGUUGUACCACUUAAAAGUAAAUCGUAUGGAUGCCUUGUGGUUAAUUCAUUUGUACUUGGCUCUGGUAAACAGUUUUUACGGAGAGUCCGAAGACAAGAAAGAAGUCAGUAAGAAAAUCUUGGCCACUCUCGAAUAUGUCAUUACUCAAUUGCGUAUAGACUUAACGGAUUGCCGUAAAGAUAAUACAUUUAACGACGAGGAGCAGAUUUUCUCAAACGGGAAUCUUUCGGAAAUAGAUUUGGGAUAUUUUAUGCAUAUGAACAAAAUCAAAGCCAAUGAGUUGCUUAAAAAAAACAACAUAUUAUGUGAUCAGACGUUAAAUGAAUAUGCGGCGAAAACGUUACAAAUCGGAAUUCUUUUAUUAAACAAAAUAUGUUCAAAAGAUGUUUCAAUGGAAGAUUUAAUGGGCGUAUUUAACGUGCAAAUAGAAUGGCACAGCACUACUGAAGUAUUGGCUCAAUCUUGGUGUGACGCACGUAAUUAUUUUUGGACUGCCAACAAAUUUGUAAACCUAAAAUUAUACUAUAAACUGACCUUUGAUUUUCUAAAAAUUAUGAUGUUCCGGCUGUCGUUAAAACACCUUGCUUAUUUAAAAGGCUUUAUUUCUUCAAUAUUUUACGUGGAAUAUACGCAAGAAUGGAAUAAUAAAGUCAAAGAGUUCGGUGAUAUGUUAAUCUUGUCCGAAGAUACACACGUAGAAAAUUUGCUAAUUCAUCUCGAUAUGCUUGUCAAAAGAGAAGAAACAAUAGACGACGUGGUUAAAUAUUUAAAUUCAAUAUUGGAAAAACUCUGUGAACCUUUCGAGUGUGAAGCUACUAAAAAAUUCGAGCUAUACGGUAACGAAUUCCAGACACCUUAUAAAAGUUGGAUAGCUAACUACGAUUUAAAUCUUAAAAAAAGUCCUGUGAAGAUUGAGCGUUAUAGUUUGGAAAAUACUAGAGCAUUCUUGUGCUACCUCAGAGAGAUGUUCAAAUAUAACAACUUUGACCUUGUUCGGUUACUCGUGGAAUAUAUCAAUGAAAUGAAAAUGUAAUAGUGUAUUGAUAGACUGGAAAUUCGUCAUCGCCAUACAUUUGAUUUCUAUUACAUAAUACAGUAAAAAAUUUUAAUUUAUAUUAGAUAUAUUAUAUACUUAUUUUAAUGUAUUAUCUAGAAACCAUCGUACACCAUUGUAGUACCCUCCUUGAGUACAUUUUCCUAAAAUGUUAUAUUGUAAACUGCAA